AUGAAAGUGUGUCGUUCUCCAAUUCCGUAUCGGACUUUUUCUGUGCUAAUCAGAGUAACCGAUGGUGUCGAUGUGGAUGUCUCUAAUAAAAAUGAUUUGAAUAAAUUUACUGAACAAUGGACAGAAUCAUUAGAAACUAAAAUUGAUACUGAUAUUAGAACAAAAUUAAUUGAACCAGUUUCAAAUAAAUGUGCUAAUAAAUUAUUAAGAAAAAAUGGUAAAACUGCACAAAAAUAUCAUCAACGUCAUAAAGAUAAUUUUUUAUGGAUACCAUUUCAAGAAAAUGAAAAACAACACAAGAAAAAUUUAUCAAAAAAUCCAAAUUUAGUUGCAAGUAUUGUUGAAGAAGGUGGAUCAAUGGAUAUGAUUUGUAUUCAUGCAAUAGCAGAUGUAUUAAAAACAUCAAUUGAAAUAAAUAAUGUUGACGUAACAUUUUUUCCUGAUUUAAUUUGUCCAGAUGACUGGGAUAAGAAUAAUAUUGAUAAUAGUUAUUUAAUACAUGCAAUUAUGGAAACAAAAGGCGAUGAUAUCAGUUCAUCUGAUUUGAAUAAGAUUCGAAAAGCAAUUGCAAAUCAAAUUAGAAUUAAUCAACAGAUUGGAAGUAUAAUUGAAAAGGGUGAUCAUCGUUAUUAUAUAUCGCAAGUUGGUUUUGGCAAUAAAAAACUAUCCCCUGUUCAGGAAUUAAGGAAUUUACCAUUUGACGAGAAUUUUAAUAAUGAUCAUAUAAUAGGAUUAGUUGGCGUACAUGGUAAUGGAUAUUCUUAUGGAAUAAAAUGUCUUUCUAAACAGAAAAUACGUGAAUCAGAACAUCUUAUUCCAGAUGCAUUAGUUAAACGACUAUGUAAAGUAAUGUGUAUUAGAUAUGUAAUAGAAACUAAACAUGUAGAAGUAGUAGGAAAUCAACAAAAAGAAAAGGAAUUAUUUGAUAAUUAUAUGAAAAACGGUGUAUCCAAAACUGAAUUAGACAAAUUUAUGGUAGCAACUAAAGAUAUGUUAACAAUUUGUAUGCCUUAUUCAGAUCAUCAUAAUAAAAAACGAACUUGGUCUAGUUUUAAAAGUUUAUAUCCUAAUGAAUGGACAGAAGCAGAAGGCUACAUUGAUAGUUAUAAAAGGAUUGAUGAUAAUAAAAAUGAUCUAUUAUUUCAUUUAGUAAUGAAACAAUACGAACAUUUAUUAAACAAUAAGUUAUAUCCGAAAAUAAGACAAGGUUUUGCUAAAUAUUUUGAAUUAAGUGAAUCACGUGGUUUUAUUAAUUCCGAUCAAAGACAUCAAUUAAUGAACAAAUAUGGAUUGUUAGAUAUUUCAGACACUAAACAAGUGAAUCAACUACCAAUCGAUCAUAAAUAUUAUCAUAUUUACAAUGAUGCUUAUCAGAAAAGUUUGUCAAUGACACCAAUUGGCAAUCGACCAAAAAGAUAUACAGGCCAGUUAUUAUAA